GAUGCAAACAAAUAUUUGUGUCGCAGUUUCCGUGGAAGACAAAGAAUUAAGAACCUUUAUCACAACUAUGCCCUCGGACCUAAGGAGAGCAAGCAUCUCCACAAGGGGUGCCUCCACGCAGUGACUGCGACAUGAAGACCUUUCUCCAGGCUCUCAGCAUAGGCUGUCUGCUCGCUGCUUCAGCGACUGCCGGGUCCAACGCAUCAGCACUCAUUCCAUUUCUACCUGUUGAUGAUGGCGGCAUUACUUUCACAGAUUACCAGAAUGUGAACUUCCGAUUUGCAGCGAAAGCAGCAUCCACGAACUACAUACCAUUCGUGGAUACCGGUAGCACUGGAAUGGUAAUCUCAGCGGCAGACAUCCCUGAAUGGACCGCAGAAGAAGCCGAACGCUAUCCUCAAGGCUGGGAGUACCUCUCCAGCAGCAAAAAGCUGUAUAACGGGAAUUGGAUUCCCAAAGACGUCUACUUCAACUUUGGUGAUCCGAAUCAUGAAUUGAUUCAUGCUCAAGUUCCAGUGCUUUGUGUGACUUCAGUCACCGUUUGCAAUGGUGCGAAAUAUAAUGCAACCAUCAACAAAGGGUCUUGUCCUAAGAAUCCAGAUGGAACUCUACCACCAAUAACUUAUUCCCCAAAACGCAUCAGGAUUAUGGGUGUUGGUUUCGACAGACAAGGAGAUGGGAUGCCACAGGGAACUCCAGACAAGAAUCCUUUCAUAAACAUCGUUUCCAUUGGCGGCACAUUGUCAAAAGACUUCAGAGCAGGCUACAUCAUCACGAAAAAGGGUAUCACCAUUGGACUUACAGAGGCAAACAUGGACGGCAUGCAGUAUGUCCAACUUCCUAAGAUCCAUUCUACAGUCCCGCGGAGUCCAUACGAUUGGGGAGCAAUACCUGCUUGCAUGUCCGUGGACAGCGCGCCAUGUUCAAUGGGCACAGCACUUCUUGAUACUGGUUUGAAUAACUCGUACAUCACACUUCCAUCCAACGCCUCAGUUUCGACGUCUCCAAAUACAACUUUGCUUGUUGAGGGUUCAAGAGUGAAGGUUGAUUUCGGGGUGGCUACUGAUGAUUUUAUUGUGGGAGUGAAUGUGAAGCGUGGAGUUACUCCUACGAAGGUGUCUGUGACUUUGAGUGAUGCUAGAGUUCCGUUUAUCAAUACAGGACGACAUGUAUAUCGGGCUUUGGAGGUAGCAUUUGAUGCUGUGGGAGGAAGGGUGGGCUUUAGACGUGUAUCAUGAUCAGUCCAUCCGUGAGAAUUGCUCUCAAUGGCAACCUUUUUACUUUACAACGUCAUCAAUGAGUUAAAUGUGUCAUAACAAC